GCCGUGGCCCGAGGCCUCGCCGACGACGCCCGCGUGAGGGACGCGGCCGCGGUGGCGCUUGCGAGAAGCGGCCGCUUCGCGGAAGCGAGGGCUGUCCUCACCGAGGGCACCGCCGGCCUUGGCGCGUCCGGACGACGACGGACGGCGUGGCUGCGACGCUCGCGGCGCCGCUUCGACGCGCUGAGCGCCGAAGCGUUCCCCGGCGACGGCGACGAUCCGGCGACGCGGGCGCUCGAGGUCGCCCUGGGCGACGCGGCGACGUGGGGGACGAUGCCGUGCUUUGGGGACGAGAUUGCUCGGAAGGGCUACGCGCGCCUGCACCUCGCGCCGAGAGCUCAAAAAAUUGCUGAUGCGUUCUUCUGCGCCGAGGACGCGUGGUUGAGGUUGGCAGUGGCUCGUGUGAUACUAUACCAGGAGACGUGCCGCGUGCUCUCGCUCGGUGGAGGUCCUGGAGGCGACUUCGCGGCCCUCGCGACGCUCGCGGAUUAUGCGGGCGGCGACUACCUGGACAACCGACCGGCGCCGACGCGCCACCAGCGGCCGUCGGCGCGAGUGCACUGCGACGUCGUCGAUUAUGAAGAGGGUUGGGCGGCCUGCGUGGAGGCGCUGGCUUCGGUUGUUCCGGGCGGGCACCGCGUGGCCUUUCACACGGGCGACAUCACCAUUCCGCUGGAUUCAGAAGCGAACGCCGCAGUGGCGCAACGUGCCGACACGACAGAUGUCUUCAUCGCAUCGUAUGUCGUCGCCGAGAACGCUGUAUCACUGCGCGCCUCGGAGUACGUCUUCUUCCGCGAUCUCUUCAAGGCGGCCCAGCCCGGGGCAUUGUUCCUCUUCGCCGAGACGACGCAUCGCCUCUGGCCCGAAAUCCUGCAGUGCGCGCUCGACGUGCUCGAGGGCCCCGUACCGAUCUCGCUCCCAACGAACCUACCGGGCCGGAGCGGCUCGACGAUGAUCCUGCAGAAGGGCGGCGUCGGCGCGCCGGACGCGCGGGCUCUGCCGCCGGACCACGCCUAUGCGCGGCUUAUCGAGCGCUUCGUCGACGACAACGCGGCGCACGAGCGGCGGCUCGAGCGGGACCGUGACUGCGGUGCUAGGACUAGUGGGCGGAGCCCCUGGAGGGGAGACCGCGCGCGGCUCGCGGAGUAGACGCCACGACGCCGCGCCGAUGCGACCGCGUCACUGGGGAUUUAGUGCGUAAUGUUGUG